AUAGAAUAUGACUAUUAAAUACUUGCAAUCAACAUCUUUUUAAAUGUUUACAGAAUCAAAACUAUAUACAGGACGCGACACACAUGGUAGUUUAUGUCAUUUUUGUUAUGUCAUUUUUUCUUUUGCGACAAAUGAUUAUUUUAUGACAUAAAGCAUAUGCAGUACCAAUAGAUAAUGUUAACAGGAGGCAGUUUAAGUUUUAAAUAACACUUUAUAAAUUAUUGCUGUAAAUUUGAUAUCAAUUCAUUAUUUAUUCAUCAACGUUAUAUAUAUUAUAGUAUUGUUAAUAUCAUAACUGAUACUUAGUACGUGUGACAUGUCAGAACCGAUUGAUCCUGCUACUCCUCCCAUAGAGAAUAAUAAAUCAGAGUUAUUUAACUUCUCUACUGUGUGGCAACAGAUAAACAAAGUUAUAAAAGAUGAAGAAGAACCAAGUAAAUCACCUAUAAUAAUACUAGGGAAAUCAUUUGAUAAUAUUGAGGAAGCAGAAAUCGCCAUUAAAUCAAGAAUAUGUCUAACUUAUAGAUUUGGAUUUGAAGCUAUUCCAAGAUCAAUGGAGGGUCCUAAUCCCCUCCAAUUCAUGUUUAAUAGAAGUUUAAUUCCCAACAUUCAAUAUUUACCUCGAUUUAUGGAUAAAGAUAAUUUCGGUAGUGAUGUCGGGUGGGGUUGUAUGAUUCGUACUUCUCAAAGUUUACUUGCUAAUAGUUUUUUACAAACUAUAGAAACUGAAGCUUCAGCUUCUAAUAAUCAUAUGGAAGAUGAAGCUGAUAAGAGUAUAAUAGAUUUCUUUAGAGAUAAUUCCCAAAGUCCAUUUUCAUUACAUAAUUUCAUUAAAGUGGCAUCAGCGCUGCCCUUAAAAGUUAAACCAGGUCAAUGGUUUGGUCCUGAUGCUGCCUCUGUAUCAAUCAAACAAUUAUGUGAAAGCUUAAAUUCAAGUCCAGAUAUUAAAGAUUUCCCUCAUAUUAAAGUCUUAAUCAGUGAUAGCUCUGAUUUAUAUGAUACAGAAGUGAAAGAAGUAUUUGACGAUAAGAAUGUCCUGGCUUUAUUGAUUCUUUUACCUGUUAGGUUGGGAAUCGAUAAAGUGAAUUCCUAUUAUCAUAGUAGUUUAAUGCAUUUAUUAUCAUUACCUCAAUCAGUUGGAAUUGCCGGUGGUAAGCCUUCAUCAUCAUUUUACUUUUUAGGUUAUCAAGAUAAUGAUUUAAUCUAUAUGGAUCCUCAUCGUCCUCAAUUAUUCGAUGAAAGUACUGAUUAUGAAACUUAUCAUACCUUAAAUUAUAAUAAAUUAGAUAUUAAUAAAUUAGAUCCAUCUAUGAUGAUUGGUAUUUUAGUUCAAAAUUGGGAUGAUUUUGAACAAUUCAAAUCUAAAUGUAUUACUGAUUCAAAUAAGAUAAUUCAUUUCCCUAAGGAAAAACUUUCUAAUUUUGAAAAUUCAAUUCAUGCUGGUUCUGAAUUCGUUAAUAUUGAUAGUCAUGAUUUACCUAAGAAUGAUGAAUUUAUAAAUAUUAAACAUCCAGAACAACUUGAAAAUGUGGAAGAUUUUAUUGAUCUUGGUAAUGAAUUUGCAGUCACUGAAAAGGUUAGUGAUGGCGAGGCUGAUAUAUCAGAAAUUAUAAAUAAUGAUUCACCUCUGGAAGGUGAAACUGAAAUCUCCCCAGUGGGCGAUACUGAUCAAUACGUACUUGAUGAAGGCUCUGAUAAGAUCAAUGAAGUAGAAUCUUUAUAGUUAUUAAAGUAAUACAUAUUAAUAGUAGUUUUGGGCUACCCUAACUUAAUUUUCGUGUGCGUACCAAACCUAAAAUCUGUAGAAAAUUUAAACUAUA